AGACGAGGAUAUCGACCUCGUCAGCGAUGCUGGCUCUGCCCCAGCUCCGUCAAUAGGUCAAAAACUUGUCGGACAGGACCACCUAGGACGUAGUAUCACGCCCAAUACCGCCGCAAUGGCCAUUGGUAUUGAUACGCUGUAUCACAGCAAUCACACGAAGUACCUGAUACAACUGCUCGAGAAGAAGAACGUCGAGUAUGACAUGGAGGCUGUGAUCGAAGGGCUGAGACAGGAGAAGAUGAAAGUCUUGUUGGAAUCCGCUGAAGCUGAAGUUCCGGAAGCACAGAAUGGCACAGAUGAUGAUACAAGCGAGGAUGGCGAUGACGACGCGGACGUUAAACAUGAAACUGUGAUACACUCGCGACCAAGGUCAACGCGCGGACUUCCGAGAAUGUCGUUAUUCAGGCCACAGUCUGAACCAUUGCCGCGUACGGAUCCACUGCUGGAAAAUGAGGAUGUCGAUAUCCAGGCGGAUGAUAGACGACCAUCACUCCUGCGGCCACGGAGGGGCAAGGGCAAAUCCAAAACGAGACCUUCUUCGGCUGGUAAGGCGCCAAAGAAAGGCAGGAUGUUACAUGGGUCACAUACGCCAUCAGGUCUGCGCGAGAGUACUACAUUUGCAGCACCAGAGGAGGAGGUAUCUACUGAGGAUAUCGUUGAAACUUCUGUGGCUAAGAGGACGUGGAAACCGAAGGUGAUUGCUUUUGGAGAAGACUUCCUGCGAUCACUGCCGUCACGGUUGAGUGAAAAGCUUACAGCAGAGCCUGACAGCGAAGAAGAUGAGGAAACGUCACCAGAGAACUUGCAGGGCGGACGAUCAACCGACCCCAAUGAAAGUGCGAAGCCGCUGGAGCAGACAAGUGAAGCUGUUGCCGAUGGGGCUGACCUUCUUGGAGGUGCUACGCGUUUCCACGUCAAAUGCCGCAUCGUCGUCGGUAACGUCUCCAAGUACCUCCAACGCCACGAACGCUCCCCAGAUAACCCCAAAUGCACCCACAAAUGGCUCCUCUACAUCAACGCUCCCGCAUACUCACAACCAGUCUCCACCUUCGUCCGAGCCGUCACGCUGACAUUGGAUCCAUCUUUCCCACCGCCACACGAGAUAACACUCGAUCGAGCACCAUUUAAGUAUCUUAGCCAGGGAUGGGGCGAUUUCAUGCUCAAGAUCCGUAUCUCGCUUUUGGAUUCGAGGAAUAAGGAUAUCAAUAUCGUUCAUCCCGUUAAGCUGGAUCCACACCACACGGGUAAAGAGGUAUUGAGCAGUGAGAGCUUAUUUGACGUCGAGUUGGAUAGGGAUACGCAUUUUUCUGAUGGAGUGGUUGGAAGAGACGUCGUUCCGAGGAUUGAGGAUACUGUGGAUAUUGAUCAUGCUUCGUCGAGACCGUCGACUGCUGGGAAGAAUUUGGCGGAGAUCAUGUCUAGUGCGCGGGCUUCGCCCGUGCAAAGUGACGUGGAAGACGAUGGUGAGGACGAGUUAGGUCAUGUUGGGAUGAAGGGGUUGCCUUAUGGAGAGGAGCCGACUGUUUAUUGUCGACUAUGUGGAUUGAUGCGGAACGUUUAUGCAGCCGCGACUCCGGAUGAGGAGUGUUCGUGUCGGGCUGACGAGGUGACACGGUCCAAAGACAUUCGUUCACGACUCUGGACUACGGUGGACGAUGUCAUGGAAGCCUCUGUACAAAAGGAAGAUAUGAUGGAUGUUGACUAUCCGCAGUUAACGACGGACGAUCUUGUUCAGCUCGUGGAAGCGACGGAUCCUCAGGCCAUCGACACUGUUUGGCAGGUCAUUAAGCCACUUCAGCUUUCGGGCGUCAAAGCUGACGACCUCCUACGUGACGAAGUCGGCGGCCUAUUGGAGACUGGUGAGGCCUUCGAACAGAGAGUUCACGCAGGCUCGGUUCUAGCGCAAGCUGCACGGGUGUUUCUGAAGAGAUUGGUCGGAAAGGCGCUGAACGAGAUAAACAAGGAUCAGCUGGCUCGUGCAGACAAUGAAAGUGGACAAGGUACUACGGACGUAAUGCUGGUGCCUAUGCAUGUUGUCAGAGCGAUCAUGGAGAACCAGGAGGAGGAAGGUUUCGAUUUUCUCACGGGUGCAGGAAUGGGAAAGGAAUGAAGCGUGAACGUGGUAUCAUUUUUAUUGGUUACACAGGCCGCGUUGGUGU